AUGAACCCAUUGGAUGCAAUAUGCGACGUCAAACGAAACGAUGCUGUAUGCGUUAGCAAUUUAAAAUCUGCCAAGCCCGUCGACAAAGCGGUCCUGCAAGAACGCCCCGAUGUCAAAAUAUUUCUGCCAUUCAGGUUUCAUCUCUACAAACCCAAAGAGUUAUUCAAAGAAAAUACUUACAGAAAUUUUUUAGUUGCCCCUAGUGGUGAUCACGUUUUGAGUUUGGUAGAUGAAAUAUCCUACAUGGCUCCUCCAGCGCCACCGCUGUCACAAAUGCACGAGCUCCCACCAGAACUAUUUUGCAACGGCGACAAUAGACCGGCUGACUGCGCUGUCGAUUGUAGAUGUACACAUAUGAUUGAUGUACCAUUAAAUUCUAUCGUAGAAAUAGUUCUUGUGGAUGAAGUACAAUCACCAAAUCUUUCUCAUCCAUUCCACCUUCAUGGGACGUCGUACAACGUAAUUGGUAUGGGCAGAUCCCCAGACAAAAACAUCAAGAAAAUAAACUUAAAACAUGCCCUCGAUUUAGACAGAAAGGGUCUUUUACACAGGCAAUAUAAUUUGCCUCCAUUUAAAGAUACUCUCGCAGUGCCCAACAAUGGAUACGUUGUACUGCGAUUAAAAGCUGACAAUCCUGCAACAGCUAGCCAACAUUUUCGAGAAAGCAAACUUAUAGGUGGACAUGAAUCCAAGCCUUACAGCCACCCUUACCUCGUAUCUCUACAACUUAGGUUCCUAUGGAUCCGUACACAUGUGUGUGGUGGUAGUAUAAUAAACGAGAACUGGGUUUUAACAGCUGCACAUUGCGUUAAAGAAUCAUUUUUAUUAAGAUGGCUUCCCAUUGAUGCAGUCGCUGGAACACACAACGUUAAUUACUUUGGACCAAAAGUUCAAAUAAACGCUGUGGAUAAGCGUAUAGUACAUCCACUCUAUGCUGGCGGAAUAGGUCCACACGAUAUUGCAAUUUUAAGAAUGGUCAAACCUUUCUCAUUUACUGAUGAGAUAAUGCCUAUACACCUCCCUUAUAAUUACGAUGUCAGCAAUGAUUCUAUGACUUUAGCCGGAUGGGGUGCCUUGCGUACAACUUACUUCUUGCCAGACCUUCCGAGCAGAUUGCAAGAAGUACAAGUUAUUUACGUUCCAUAUGAAAAAUGUUUCAAUGCCAUUGAAGAAUUACAAGAUAGUGAUGAAAGCAAUACUCUAGACAAAGAUUCGAAUAUUUGUACAGGGCCCCUUUCAGGGGGAGUAGCCGCAUGCAGCGGAGACUCUGGAGGGCCUCUCAUACAAUUUGUACCUAGAAAUGUAUAUAAUCGUGCACCAGGUGACGAGAAUAUUGAUGAAUACGACGCGUAUUAUAAUGAAGAAAGAAGUACUAGUAAUAAAAUGCUAAAUUUAGAUGAGGACGACGAAAAACUGCCUGUUUUGCUUGGCAUUGUGUCUUGGGGGAUGGCUCCUUGUGGAUAUAAAGGGGCACCAACUGUAUAUACAAAAGUGUCCCAUUAUAUUGACUUCAUUCAAGAAUAUUCAAAGCCA